AUGGCGGAACGAUGGCGUCCCGAAACCCAUACGUUCCACCUUCCGGAGGGGGAAAUGACGAUCACCCUCAAAGACGUGGCGAUCCUCACCGGGAUGCCUAUUUCUGGGGAUGCCGUCAUUGGUCCCCAGACCAAACCCGAAGGAGGUUGGGGGCCGCUCAUACGUGAUCGUUUGGGCUUUGACAUGCCGACCACCACUCCAAUUCAAGGACGGGGGCAUCCACCGUUGAAUGCGGGCCAAGUGUCGGUCCUGUGGCUGGUGUCUCACAUCCAGCAAGAGGUUGUGAUCAAUGACGAGACACCGGAAGAACAAGUCGAGCGCUACGCCCGCAUCUACCUCAUCGGUUUGGUGGGGUGGAUUUUUGUUCCCCGACAAGUCCAACCGGUGGAUUCAAGGCAUAUGGUUGGAGUUGCUCACGGGUGA